CAAUAAUACUUCCUCCACCAUCUCUCCUCCUCUCUUAGAUCUAAGAAACUGAGAAAACAAGAGAGAAAGAAUGAGAAAGGGAGUUCUAACUCCUGACAGAGAUCGUCAGAUUAUGGAACAUGAGUUGCAGGAAACUGGUUUUAGUCCAGAAUCAGAGAAAGUCAAGAACAAGAAUUUUGAAGAAGAUGAAGAAGAAGAGGAUGAAUCUGUGGAGAAGAUCUUUGAGAGUAGAGAAGUACCUUCGUGGACGAAGCAGUUGACGUUGAGGGCUUUUGUGGUGAGCUUUAUGCUAAGCAUCUUGUUUAGCUUCAUUGUUAUGAAGCUUAAUCUCACGACGGGAAUCAUACCUUCGCUCAAUGUGUCUGCUGGUCUUCUGGGUUUCUUCUUUGUCAAGACGUGGACCAAGAUGCUCCAUAGGUCUGGUCUCUUGAAACAGCCAUUUACUCGCCAGGAGAAUACUGUUAUUCAGACCUGUGUUGUUGCUUCUUCUGGCAUUGCUUUCAGCGGAGGUUUUGGGACAUACCUCUUUGGCAUGAGUGAACGAAUUGCGACCCAAUCAGGAGAUGUUUCCCGUGGCGUCAAGGACCCUUCGUUGGGUUGGAUUAUCGGUUUCCUCUUUGUUGUCAGCUUUCUUGGCCUCUUCUCAGUUGUUCCCCUGAGAAAGAUAAUGGUAAUAGACUUCAAACUAACAUACCCAAGUGGUACUGCAACAGCUCAUCUUAUCAACAGCUUUCACACCCCUCAAGGCGCCAAGCUAGCCAAGAAACAAGUGAGGGUGUUAGGGAAAUUUUUCUCUUUUAGCUUCUUCUGGAGUUUCUUCCAAUGGUUCUUUACCGGAGGAGAAAAUUGUGGGUUCUCCAACUUCCCAACAUUUGGACUCAAAGCUUACCAGUACAAGUUCUACUUUGAUUUUUCAGCAACAUAUGUUGGUGUUGGAAUGAUAUGUCCCUAUAUAAUCAACAUCUCUGUCCUAUUGGGAGGAAUCCUCUCUUGGGGGAUAAUGUGGCCCCUCAUUGAAACCAAAAAGGGAGAUUGGUUCCCUGAUAAUGUCCCAUCCAGCAGCAUGCAUGGUCUCCAAGCUUACAAGGUGUUUAUAGCUGUUGCUAUAAUCCUAGGAGAUGGCUUAUACAACUUUUGCAAAGUGCUGAGCCGGACUCUUUCAGGACUAUUUAUACAGCUCCGAGGACCUACUACAUCUAUUUCAAGAACCUCCUUCACACUUGAAGAAGACCCUCAUGCUUCCCCAUUAAGCCCAAAGCAAUCUUAUGAUGACCAACGUCGUACAAGAUUCUUCCUCAAAGACCAAAUCCCUACUUGGUUUGCUGUUGGAGGUUAUAUCGCAAUAGCUGCAACAUCUACAGCGAUACUCCCUCACAUGUUCCACCAGCUGAGAUGGUAUUACAUUCUGGUCAUCUAUAUCUGCGCGCCUGUCUUAGCUUUCUGUAACGCUUAUGGAGCUGGACUCACAGACUGGUCCUUGGCUUCAACGUAUGGAAAGCUUGCCAUAUUCACAAUUGGGGCUUGGGCUGGCUCUGAGCACGGUGGUAUGCUGGCUGGUCUUGCAGCAUGUGGUGUCAUGAUGAACAUAGUCUCGACAGCUUCGGAUCUGACACAAGACUUCAAGACAGGUUACCUCACUUUAUCAUCUCCAAAGUCAAUGUUUGUGAGCCAAGUGAUUGGAACAGCGAUGGGUUGUGUGGUAUCUCCUUGCGUGUUCUGGCUAUUCUACAAAGCGUUUGAUGAUUUAGGCCUCCCAAACACUGAAUACCCUGCUCCAUUUGCUACCGUAUAUCGAAGUAUGGCUAAACUAGGAGUGGAAGGUGUCGCAUCUCUACCGAGAGAAUGUCUCGUUCUAUGCUACGCGUUCUUCGGUGUGGCGAUUCUAGUAAACAUAGUAAAAGAUAGUCUCCAGAGCAAAUAUGGAAGGUUCAUUCCACUUCCAAUGGCAAUGGCUAUACCGUUUUUCUUGGGACCUUACUUUGCAAUUGACAUGUGUGUGGGAAGUUUGAUACUUUUUAUCUGGGAAAGAGUAGAUGCAGCCAAGGCUGAAGCUUUCGGGACAGCGGUCGCUUCUGGUUUGAUAUGCGGAGAUGGCAUUUGGUCUUUGCCAAGCUCAGUGCUCGCUAUAGCCAGAGUAAACCCUCCUGUUUGCAUGAAAAUGAACAGGAAGGCCUCUGUUUCCAAGGAGCUCAACGCCAAGCAUUCAAAGAUAUUGGAAGCACUUUUGAAGCAUCCAGACAAUCGAGAAUGUGCAGAUUGUAGAUCAAAGGCACCAAGAUGGGCAAGUGUGAAUCUUGGGAUAUUCAUUUGUAUGCAAUGCUCUGGAAUCCAUCGUAGCCUCGGUGUCCACAUCUCACAGGUAAGGUCUAUAACUCUGGAUACAUGGCUUCCAGAUCAGGUUGCUUUCAUGAAAUCUACCGGUAAUGAUAAGGCAAAUCAGUAUUGGGAAUCAGAAUUGCCUCAACAUUUCGAGAGAAGUUCAAGCGACACCUUUAUAAGAGCCAAAUACAGUGAGAAGAGAUGGGUUUCACCGGGAGGGAUUCAACCGGCUCCUAUAGUUAGCCAGCUAAGCUGCAAAGUUAGUCACUUGGUAGAGAGCGGAUAUAAGCCUGAAACUCCAAAGAAAGCUAGAACUCUUUCACUUGACGAAGAGAUCCUUCUUCAUCAUGUUCUUCAAGUAACACCUCCAGAAACGAGAACUCGUGCGGGUUCGGUAGAUAUGAAGGAGAAUGUAUAUGUUGUACCUCUACCAAAGAACCACCAUAGCACCACCGUCGAGCUGGGCUACUUUCGACUGAAGAGAAGAGACUCUAUGAAGAAGGAGAAGAUGGAGUUUUGGAAACAAAUCAUCAUGUGGGCUUUAAUUAUAGUCAACAGAGUGACGGAGAUGGCGGCGAACGCGUGUCUACCUCCGCCGGCGUUAAUGGCUGUCCGCGCAGAGGAAGGUGUUCCAAAUUCAAAAUCGACGCAGGGAAAAACUAGGCUCUAUCUCACCAAACCUUCAUGGAUAGUCAGAACUCAGUCAGGAGCUAAGACGUGUAUGAAGAGAAAGGCGAAAGGCCGAUGCGUAAUCUGCCAUGGAACUGGAAGAGUCGAUUGUUUCAAUUGCUGUGGGAAAGGGAGGACUAAUUGUGUGGAUGUGGAAAUGCUUCCAAAAGGAGAAUGGCCUAAAUGGUGCAAGAGUUGUGGAGGGAGUGGAUUAAGUGACUGUUCUCGCUGUCUUGGCACCGGAGAGUAUAGAUACAUUAUGGGUUUCCGCUUCUUAAACCAAAACGAUGAUGGCGAUCCACAAUUAUGAUUUGCUGAAACUCUUCAUGAUCAUGUCCUUGCCAGUUUUUGUAUAUGUUCAAUGAUGAGGCUUAAGACUUGUUUAGUAAUGUAUAUGGUUGCUCCUGAAUUGUUGAUAUUGUAUUUGUAUGCAAUCUUCAAGGUCAUCAUGUUGCAAGUGAAGAGAAAUCGCCACAUCUUGUGUCUUUUGAGUCUACCAGUCCUUUAGGAAGAUAAUUGAAACAUAGCUUUUGUUAGAUUUAUAUAUAUGUAUAAACCAUCUUUUUAAGU